AAAUCAAUCACUGAUUAAAUUAAUUGAAAUUUAAUCGAGCUUUGGUCGUCAUCCUCAAUCGGCGACGAGGUCAGUUUACACGAAGGUGAUUUUCUCUCCGUGAUGAAACGAAAAUAGCAUCGUGCCAUCGUGUAAACCAUGCAUUACGAUGUGGUUACGUCACGAAAUGUUAUCACGCUGAUCGCGGUUGUCGCCCCUUUCUUUUUGUGAUAGCGAAAUUGAUCUUAUGCAAAUAAAGGGUUCGGUGACACGUAUGAAACCGAGGAGAGAUGAUCGACAAACGUUGUCUCGUUGUCCCCAUGAUUGUAGUCAUCUCACAUAACCUCACCUAACCUCGAAGGGGCUGUGUUGACGUUUCUCCACGUCUCCCGGCGGGAAUCUCGAAAUAUUCUCAUGCUUCUGUCGAAUCGAUCUGAAAAUGCCGCCGAACAUCCUGAAGAGCAGCCUGGAAAACGCUUCGUUCAGCAUUAUAUUUCAGAUAUUCUGUCGCUGCGUUACAUUUGUCCUGAACGCAUUUGUUGUCCGUCAUGUGGGCCAGGCAGUCCUCGGCGUUAUUAAUGUGAGACUACUCCUACUGGAAUCCAUGAUACUGUUCCUGUCACGCGAGCCGUUUAUGAAAGCAUGUCUGACUAACACGGCGGAGCAUAAUUGGGCCCAAGUUGUGAAUCUACUUUGGCUAACAGUACCCAUAUGCGUUGCGAUGUCCUUCCUGUUUGGAUACAUUUGGUUGUUCCUGCUCUCCACCACAGAGACGUUACCACCGUACUACACGUUUGCAGUUUUGGCAGUCGGACUGUCGUGUAUCAUAGAAUUGUCUUCCUUAGUCGUUCAAUUAGUCGCGAGCGCAUUUCUCUUCGUUAGACUUAAAAUAAUUCUGGACACUAUCAUGAUCGUUAUUCGCACUAUGACGUUUGUCCCGCUAAUAUUGUACCAUCCGGAGAACGCGUUACUCGCGUUCGGCAUCGCUCAGCUUGUUGCGGCAGUAUUUUACACAACCAGCCAUUACGCAUACUUUCACCAUCACAUCAAGAAACUGAACGAAUGCUCGCAGAAACGAAGAAUGUCCUUGAAAGACAGUAGUGACGAGUACGUGAUGAGGGAGUUUCCUUUUCACGCCAUAAAAGAUUUUUUACCGGGCGAGCUAGAAAAUGAUGAUUCCUAUCUCGAUAGAAAGUUGACUGUUCUCACAUGGAGCUUCUUUAGACAAGGGAUAUUAAAGCAGAUUUUGACAGAAGGCGAAAGAUUGAUCAUGACCAUAAUACCAGUAUUGACGUUUACAGAACAGGGUGUCUACGAGAUUGUGAACAAUAUGGGCUCGCUAGCUGCUAGAUUUAUUUUCCGUCCAAUCGAGGAUAGUGGAUACUUUUAUUUCACGCAGAUGGUAAAAAGGGAUAAAAGGAUAUCCGAUCAGAAUCCAGUAACGGUACAAGAGAGUGUGAAUGUGUUGACGCAUCUGUGCUCCGUCGUUACGUGUAUCGGUCUGAUCGUCCUAGUAUUCGGCCAGUCUUACUCGAGCUUGUUGCUCUGGUUGUACGGCGGGUCAAAACUGACCUUACCCUUACCUGUUCUCUUGCUGAGGGCGCACUGUCUCGCCGUGUUACUGCUGGGAAUCAAUGGCGUGACCGAAUGCUACACUAACGCAACGGCCGACAGUGCGACCAUAAACAAGAGCAACUUGAUCAUGGUCUACCAGUCGAUCGCGUUCCUGGGCGCGUCGUAUCUGUUUGCCACUUGGUUCGGCCCGGUCGGCUUUAUCUUCGGCAACUGCGUGAACAUGAGCCUGAGAAUCAUACACUCGGCGAAAUUUAUCAAUAAGAGACACCAGGACACGGUCUACCGUCCAUUACGCGGAUUGGUGCCAAAGCCCAUGUUCUCCACGUGUCUACUCGUCGCAGCGUUCGUCACCAAUUUGUCGCACGCUUACUUCUUCCCAGCUGAAAAAGCAUUACAUCUACUGAUUGGCAUAACAAUGUUCAUGGUUGUACUUGUGUCUUGGCUAUAUGAAAAUCAUGAAUUAAUCAAGCUCGCCACUAACAAGUGGUACGAAAGAAGAAGCAAACAGAAAAAGAGUGACUGAAUCCUAUAAACAUGUACUUUAAAUUAUUUUAUUUAUGAUUUGUGUAUAAAUCAACUACAGAUUCAUUGCAAGAUCUUGUAAAAUGCUAAAAGAUCAUAUAUAAACAGUUAUUUUUUUCUACA